AUGAUUUUGUCAUCAUGGAUAAGUACCUGGUGCUGCGAGGUUCAAGUCAAUGUUCCUGUGGAUCAUUCCCAGAUUGAGACCUCGGCAGUUUGUGAUGGCUUUGGCUUUGUGAAUGAAAAAGUUGCAUGUCUUUUCGCAUUUUCCGACAAAUGA